CCCUCGGUGCAUUGUGGGAAGGUGUAGCACCCGGGCUAACUUAACUGCUCAUUGUUUUGCCUUAAAAGUAGAAGGGGAGAAUUAUAAAUAAAAACACCAAAUGCCAAGCAUCGACGGUUACUGCGUCUCUUCUUCUCGCUGACGGCAGCGGCGCGGCUCUCCAAUGUCAUCGGCCGGGGAUGGACGGUUCCCGUAAGAGGAGCGUCGUGUGGGAGUUCUUCAAAUCCACGGAGUCCGGUUCGGUCCAGUGUCAGCUCUGCAGGACUUACAUGCUCAAACAGGUCCGGGGCUCCACCACCAACAUGCUCAAACACGUGCGGACCAAGCACCCGGCGGCGGUGUCCCAGCGCAUCGACAGCAUGACAGACGGCGACUUCCAGGACCUGGACCCUGACAGGGAGCAGUUCUGCUCCGUGGAAGUGUCACUGGACGAUGGAGACUCCGACACUGUUCACUCACUCAGUGAAACUGCCAGUAAUGGCGUACUCCAGUCUUUAGCGGGAGACUCAUCAGGAAUAAUACAGCGCGUAGUGGUGACUAACUGCAGCCCAACAGGACGUAAACGCAGUUUGAUUUGGAACUACUUUGAGCGGCUGACUGAAGCAGGUGCUGCAUGUUGUCACAUUUGUUCAAAACAGUUACAGUUCUCUGAAAAUAGCAGCACCAGCAACUUACGCAGACACAUUUUAAAGAGACACCCAAAGGUGUUCUCUGAGCUCACAGCCAGUAUGCAGCAACCACCACGAGUAAAGACACCCAGGGACCCAAUCAUCAGCAUGGACACUGAGGAAAGCUUCAAUACAACAGAGCAGAUACAACCUUCAGUGAAAGCAUCUCAGGAUGACGGAGACUCUGAUGCCGCUCACUCACCCAAUGAAACUUCCAGCAACGGCAUGCUGCAUACUUCACAGGAGUCUUCAGAAACAGUAGAGCUUGUGGUGGAGACAAACUGCAGCUCAGCAUCACGAAUGCGGCACAAGCCCAGUUUGAUCUGGAACUACUUUGAACGACUGGCAAGCUUGAGUGCCGCACGCUGUCGCAUUUGCAUGAAGAAGCUGCAGUGUGGCAAAAACUCUGGCACCAGCAACCUGCGUCGACACAUGUUAAAGAGACACCCAAAGGUGUUCUCUGAGCUCAAGGACAAUGGACAGGCCUUCAGCACCAACAUAGAUGAUGAGGGGACCUCUGGUACAACAGAGCCUUCAGGUGCCAGACGGGUGUUGAGAAGGGAGCAAGAGCUAAUCGAAGCUCUGAGGAGAACUCAGAAGGAAGAGGCCCGGACUCUGGAGCAUCAGAGGGAACUGCUUCAUAAGCUGCGUACAGCCCAUGCUCGAGAAGUAGCUGCAGAGAAGGAGGGAAUAGAGCUGCUGAGGAAAACACAGCAGAAAGAAGCUGAAGAUUUAAGAAGACAGAGGGAGGAGCUGAAGAAGGAAAAGGAAGAUUUGCUGAGAAAAUGGGAAGAGUUUCGGGAAGCGAGUAAAACAAUUCUGUUGUUUUCGGAUGGACAGCAAGCCACCUGAACGUGUGAUGACAAGACUCAUUAAAGAUUUGAACAGUCAAUAACUUUUUUGGCUAAUUUUGUACACUUAGAGGUGUAAAAAUUCUAACUUUCAUUGCAAACACUUCAGUGUUACAGCCGACAUUGCUUUGUAAGUUGUUUAACUGUAAAAUAUCAUCUACUUUUAUAAUUGAUAAAUCAUGUAUUUUCUUAUUUUAACAUGCAGGAAUUUGAUGUGUUUUUUUAUAUCUCAGUAUUAGGUUGCAGAGUAAACACAAGUUCAGAUGUUAUUAAAAGGAACUUGCUCUUUAAUUGAAAGGGAAAUCUCUCUCUCUC